GGCGCUGUCACUGUUAUGGUCCUGUCAGGACGCCGGCGUCGUGGUGUUUGGGCUGUCGCCACCCAGAGGACUUCGGUGGGGGACUCUCGGGCAGCCCCGCGGCCCGCAGCGGUUUUCUCCGGCCUCGCUCCUAGGCAGCACUUCCCGGCUCUCGGGCCGCACUGUAGGCGCGCGUGCAAGUCGGCUCCGCGGCUGCCUUGGGGCUUGGGCCCAACUGCAGCCUCGUCCCCCGCCGCGGGCUCCGAGGGGCCGCGCGAUGCAGCCACCCGGCCCGCCCCCGGCCUAUUCCCCUCUAACGGGGACUUCACCUUUGUCACCUCAGCAGACGCAGAAGAUCUCAGUGGUUCAAUAGCAUCCCCAGAUGUCAAGUUAAACCUUGGUGGAGAUUUUGUGAAAGAAUCAACAGCUACUACAUUUCUGAGACAAAGAGGAUAUGGCUGGCUUUUGGAAGUUGAAGAUGAUGACCCUGAAGAUAACAAGCCACUCUUGGAAGAAUUGGAUAUCGAUCUAAAGGAUAUUUACUACAAAAUCCGAUGUGUUUUGAUGCCAAUGCCAUCACUUGGUUUUAAUAGACAAGUGGUGAGAGACAAUCCUGACUUUUGGGGUCCCCUGGCUGUUGUUCUUUUCUUUUCCAUGAUAUCUUUAUAUGGACAGUUUAGGGUGGUCUCUUGGAUUAUCACCAUUUGGAUAUUUGGUUCGUUAACAAUUUUCUUACUGGCCAGAGUUCUUGGUGGAGAAGUUGCAUAUGGUCAAGUCCUUGGUGUUAUAGGAUAUUCAUUACUUCCUCUAAUUGUAAUAGCCCCUAUACUUUUGGUGGUUGGAUCAUUUGAAUUGGUGUCUACACUUAUAAAAAGAUCAAGACUUCUUUAUGCUGUGUUAAAUUUACAUUAACAUAUAUACCUACUUUAAAUAUUUACUGAUAAUACUAAGUAUUAAUAAGCAGUGAUAUAAUUUGUGUUGGCAUUUAUUAAUUUUGAACAACUUGAGGAAAUAAAUGACUGCUUUAACACAUGUAUUUGUAUUACACAGGGAAUGUACCUUUGUUCUUUAGGAAAAUAGAACUUUUUUAAGACCACCACUUUCAAAACUGCCAUUAUGUAGCCUCCACGCUAGAGUAGUCAUUUUUAUGAUCUUUGUUUUUACUUAAAGUUUAUUACUGAUUCUACAUUCGCAGCAUGAGGGAAUUCCCGGGCCAGUGAUUGAACCCAUGCCACAGCAGUGGCAACAUUGGAUCCUUAACCCACUGAGCACCAGGGGAGCUCCUAUAUUAUUCCGUUUAGAAUUGAGUAACUACAGACAGACAGUAUAUAAGUUUUGGGUUUUGAGAAGAGUUGGAUUUUAGAACAAUCUGUUCUGAAUUCAAAUCUUGGUUCUACAACUUACUUGCUGUCUGCCUUGGGGAGAUGUCUUUUCUUACCUUCCUCUACAAAAAGGAAUCCUUUAAAGUAUAAAUAAUGCCUGGUACAGUGCUUGAUGCAGAAUAGGCACUCAAGUGGUAGCUAUUAUUAUUAUAAAUAUUAAAAGAAUACUUUGAGACUGCCUUUGUAUGUUUAAACUGUUUGAACAGUUGAGACCAAGGACAAGAGUUUUCUUUCCUCUACAUUCUAAACCUGUUUUGUUUUUGUUUUUUAAAUUCUCAUUAUUAGCACUUAGUUUAAAAGUCUUACAGUGCAGAAGCUAGCCCCAUGCUGGCAUUUAAUUAUCUAGCCUUAGUGAACAUACCACUUCACCGAAUCAUUCAGGAUCACUUCCUGCUUGAGGUUGUUUUACUUAGAUUAGAGCCUGAAUUCUUUUGAGGCUACUCCCAAAAUUGCUAAAACCAUGUCUUCUGGCUAUUUUCAGUCAUAGAGUCUUCUGGAAAUUGGUCUUAAUGUUCUUUGUACAACAUGUGAAUAUAUUACUAUAAAAUGGAAAGUCUUUUUUAUGUCAUUAAUUUAGGAUAAAAUUCUUUUUCAAAUUUAGAUUUUUCUUUAUCAAAUAUUUUUCCCUAAUCACUUAAUCUUCUGUGUGUAGUGAGCUGUUGCACAUGUUUCUUGUUUUAGUCUAAAGCUUGUUGGUAUAUAAUUUUGUAAAACUCUCAUCAUUUAAAUCUAGCAUUAGAAUACAGUUUAAUAUAUAAGCACUAAUUUUUUUCAGAUUAAAACUGUAAAUCUUACCAAUCUUUAACCAUCUAUUUACAACAAAAAAUGUUAUCAUAACAUAAAAAUGCAAUUUGAGGAGUUCCCAUCGUGGCUCAGCAGAAACAAAUCCAUCUAGGAACCAUGAGGUUUCGGGUUCCAUCCCUGGCCUAGCUCAGUGGGUUAAGGAUCCGGCGUUGCGUGAGCUGUGCUGUAGGUCACAGAUGUGGCUUGGAUCUGAUGUUGCUGUGGCUGUGGCAUAGGCCAGCAGCUGUAGUUCAGACUUGACUCCUAGCCUGGAACCUCCAUGUGCUGCAGGUGCAAAAAAAAAAUGCAAUUUGAUUUUAAUUUUAUUUCGUAUAUUUUCUUAUGCUUGUUUGUAGUUCUAAAAUACUUUGUAAUUUUUUGUUUGUUUUUAGUUAAAAAAAAGCACAGUAGAAAAUUAGACCAUCUCAAAUAAAUUUUCAAUCAAUCUGUCAGUAUUUAUUUUUUACCUUUGUACCAGUGAUUCUCAACUGAUGACGAUUUUGCCCCUUAAGGACAUUUGGCAAUGUCUGGAGACACUUUGGGUUGUCACACAUGGCGAGGGGUGGGUUGAUACUAGUAUAAGUGAAUAGAAGCCAGGGAUACUAUUAAAUAUCCUACAAUGCAUAGGGCAAGUUCCCACAACAAUUAACUAGCCCAAGAAUGUUGAGAAACCCUGUUCUUUGCCAGGUCUAUUUCUGUCAUAAUUUCCCUGAUUUCUACCUUUGAAAUUCUUCUUUCUUUCUUUCUUUCUUUUUUUUAUGGCUUUUAGCGCCACACUCAAGGCAUAUGGAAGUUCCCAGGCUAGAGGUCGAAUUUGAGCUAAAGCUGCUGCCUGUGUCUUAGCUAUAGCAACAGCACCUUGGGAUCCCAGCCACGUCAGAGACCUACACCACAGCUCAGGGCAACGCCGGAUCCUUAACCCACUGAAUGAGCCCAGGAAUCAAACCCACUUCCUCAUGGAUUCUAGUUGGAUUCUUUUCCGCUGUCCCACAAUGGGAACUCCCUUAAGUUCUUUCAUUUCAUUCUGUAAGUUGUCUUCAGCGACUGUAUUAAUAAAAGUGUUAUAUAAAUUUCUAGUAGAAAAAAUUUAAAAUUAAGUAUAUGCCUAAUCAAAAAACUCUUGACCAAAAUGUCAUGUUUUUCCUAAAAUGAUUUUAUACUUAAUAUUGUGUAAUAUUUUCACUUAAUCUAGUUUUCUUUUACUUCUUAGAAGACAAAAAAGGAAAAAUUUCUACUUUGUAAGGAUCAGUUAGUUUCUUUCAGAAAAAAAAAUACCUUUCAGCAGUUUAUCCCACUAUUUUCUAAAAGUGGCCUUAUCUUAAAUCACCAGGGACACUUGUUAAAAAGACUGAUAAUUAGACCCUUCUUCCCUUAGAGAAUCCUAUUCAACAGAACUAGAAUGAAUCCCAGGAUUCUGUUCUUAAUAUAGGCACCCGAAGUGAUUCUUAUGAUUUGACAAAUUUGAUAACAAAAGACAUGGUUUGCAGAAGUCAGGGAGCAGAGCAGGAUAAAUAUUGUUAAUAAAUUUUAAAUAUUCUCAGUAAGUUUUACUGUUUCCAUAACUGAUUGUCAGGAUUGUUUUUUAAAAAAUAUUAUAAAUGUUGUUUUCACUCUUGAUACCCAAAAUGUUAAUUGACUUGCUAAUAUGCUGCCUUUUGUCUUUUUCGUUUUUUUUUUUUUUUAAAGCUGUUUGGUGUGUUUUGGGCUGCCUACAGUGCUGCUUCAUUGUUAGUGGGUGAAGAAUUCAAGACCAAAAAGCCUCUCCUGAUUUAUCCAAUCUUUUUAUUAUACAUUUAUUUUUUGUCCUUAUAUACUGGGGUGUGAUCUAAGUCAUAUAUGAAUGGAAAAAGACAAUGUUACAUUUUUGUGUAGGCUGGGAUUCUUGCUUGAGGAAAUUGAAGAAAACCUGUUGCUGGUAAAAUUUUACAUGUUCCAGAUGUAAAAGCAGUUUAAGGUCUUUUUAAAACAAUAUUUUUUUGUAUUUAAUUAAGUAGUUGCAGUUAUCUGGAUAUUUUUUGGUCAGAAUUCUAAAUUCUGUUUGAUUCUUCAUAUUCCAGUGAAUAAAAUAUGAAAGCAUUAUGUUUUUAAGAUUGUGUCAAUAUUCACAUAAAAACUUGUGCCAAAAGCACCUGAAAUGAUAAUUAUGUUUCACUCGAAGGGUAAAUGUGACAACAUUCUGAUAAUCUAAAAGUGCAAUUUCUUUUUCUUUAAAGGGUUUUCUCCUGCAUUGCAGAUCCUGUAGAUAUAUAUUUAUAUUUAUACAUAUAUAUUUAUGAAGUAGUUCUUAUUAUUCACAAAAUAUAUUUCUGAAUAGCCUAAAAAUUAAGAUAUUUUAAAUCUGAUGCUUAAACUUUCUUUAAUUUGGCCAUUAAUCUUUGUUUUUAAAUUAUAUAUAAUUUUUAAAAUCUCAAAUGUCCUUGUUAAAAAUUCUUAAUGAUAACAACUAAAAUUAAUUAUGACAGUUGCUGAUGUAGAUUUGAUUUGUUUGGGUAUGCUUUUAAAAACCACUUUUGAAUGUCUAAACAUCUGAUUUAAGUUUCUUUUUAUCUUUCUGACCAAAGGAGCAAGAGGCAUGAUGAUAUGGCAUUCUUAAAAUUGUCAAAAUGUAGAAAAACAGUAAUAUUUAUAGCAUCAGUAAAUAUUUUUAAGUGGUAUUCCUAAGUCAUAAAAGUUCAUGGAAAGAGACCUUUAAAAUCUUGUGGUCCUAAACAAUGUUAUAUGAAGUAGAAAAAAAUAAAACGCUUCCCAGCUGUGUGUUUUGUUUUAUAACAACUUGUCCUCUAUUACUUGAUAUUUUAACAAGUAUCAGGUACUCUUUAAUAAGCAUAUACAAUAUUUGUUAAGGGAAACAUUAAAUUUUAAGGGGUGAAAUUUUUUGGGAAAUAAUUUCUUAGACUCUAGAUGAACCUUUUAAUAUUAGUUUGUAAAGUGGGUAAAAUAUUUUAUAUCCAUAAAAUAGAAAAUGCCUAAUAACUAUUAAACAAUUAUUAUCAUUUCUGCUCUCAGCUAGAAGAGUUAACUGCUAUCCUCAAUAUGAUAACUCUUGGUAUGUAUUUCUUUAGCAACCUUAUUCAUCAGGAAAUAUCCAGCAACCCUGAAGCAAGCCUGCAAAUUAGCAAGAUAUCAAGCCCAUCUCUCUUCCUUUUCCCUUCUUCCCCCCACCUAAACAAGGGAGAAAAAAAAAAAAGCAGCAAAGGGAUAGAACUUCUAAAACUUAAAGUAAUAUGUAAUAAUGAGGGAGGAUCUAUAGCUACAGAGGCAGCAACUAUAAAGAAAACAUUUGUCAUAUUUAAGGAGUUCCUAAGAUUAGUACUUUGUUACAGCAGAUUAUUAUAUUUGGUGUUCAUAGUGUUGACCCUGGAAUCUUCCUCAGAAAGCUGGGGGUAGAAUUUUACUAAGCAGUAAGUCAAAGCAUUUUAGGACCAACUCCAUCAAAAGAUGGUUUAAAUUUUUUUUAAGCUAUUUCUUUAAGAUGUGAAUGAAAAGUUCAUUUAUAUGAAUUAUGUUUAUUCCUAAAAAUAAGAUAACAUGAGAUGUGUGUAUUCUAAAGUAUUUACAAAUAAUAACAUUUAAUGUUAGGAACUGCCCUGUUUAGGGUAUAUAAAUAAAUGCCUUUAUAAUGUUUCAAGCUCAGCCAAUAUCUCUAUGUGUUAAUGGGCAAAGCAGUUGAAACAGGCUGUCAGUUUGAAAAUAUGAUAUGUAAAUGUGUACAAGAUACAGUACUACUACAGCUAAUAAUGAUAAGCUGACUAUAAUGUCUUCUUGAGUUUAUAUUUAACAAUAUUUUACAAGUCAAGUUGAUUUUAAAUCAUGAUUUCCGACUUAAUUAUUAGUUCAUUAGUAUUUGUCUCUUCUAGUUUGUGUGUGUGGAUGUGUACAUGUUUUAACUGUUAACAGUUGUAGUAAUUUUGAUGAAUAUUAAUCCUCGAAAAAAGAAUUGAGACAUAUUUACUUCUGUUUUAAAUUGAUUACAAAAGGGAGUUCCCAUUGUGGUUCAGCAAUAACGAACCCAACUAAUAUCCAUGAGGACAUGGAUUCAAUUCCUGGCCUUUCUCUGUGGGUUAAGGAUCAGGCAUGGCCACAAGUUGCAGCAUAGGUCACAGACACAGCUCAGAUCUGGCGUUGCAGUGGCUGUGGCUGUGGCGGCAGCUGCAACUCGAUUAGACCCUACCCUGGGAACUUCCAUAUGUGGCAGGUGUGGCCCUAAAAAUACCAAAAAAAAAAAAAAAAAUUGAUUACAAAGUGAUUGAAAUUUUGUAAAUCAAAUUCUAUAUAUAAUUUUCAUUGUAUUAAAACACAGUUUAGGAAGAUUUGUAAAGUUUUAUGAACCAUUAUUAAACUUGAUAAUUUCUAAGGUCUGUAAAACACUUUUGUAUGUAAUAUAAUGUGUCUAUUUCCAAAAAUUCCCUAUUAAUACAUUAAUAUUUCUAAAUUAGUGAAAAUUUGCAUUGACUUAAAAUGAGAUAGACAUUUUGUUCAAAUGUCAUUUAAAAUUUAGUUCAUUUAAAAACUAAAUAAAAAGUUGAAUAAAAUAAUGCUUCUAUAAAUUAAUAAAAAAGAAUAUUUUUCCUGUUCAUCAAAGCUGAAUAUUUUAAGAUGGUUAUUAUUUAUCAUUUAUAUUUUUAUUAGUGCAUAUUUCAGCUAGUUUUAGGCUUUAGGAAAUUGACAUGUUUGUUAGUUUUGUUAAAAUAACUUACUUCUUACAGUUUUUUUUUUUUUUUUUUUUUUGUAACUGAAAGUUGGAUUUCUUGUUUAGUUCUUUGCAAACAAAGGAGACCAGUACACAUCAUGGGGAGCCCUAAAGUAUCUCAGAGUGUUUAAAAGCCCCUAUUAAUAGGACUUAGUCUUGUGUCAGUACAAUUCAUGGCAGUCUGAAAUAAGUUUUAAUAGAGUAAAAAUCACCCUCAGAUAUUCCCUGCUCUGAUAUUUUGUUUUAGUCACAUAAACAAAAUAAUAGUGUUUUAUUAUCCUCUUCCAUAAAUGGUUUCUUUAAGUGAACCCAGUAUUAUAGCUUACCUAGUACUACAUUUUUUUUUUCUUUUUUGGCCACCCAAACAUAGGGAGUUCUCAGGCCAGGGAUCAAAUCCAAGCUGCAGUGUGACCUAAGCUGCAACUGCAGCAACACUGGAUCUUUUAAGCUACUAUGCCAGAUUGGGAGUCAAACUUGCAUUCUGACACUGCAGAGACUCUGCCCAGCCCAUUGCACUCCAGCGGGAACUCCUAGUACUACAUUUUAAUUUCCCUUUAGAAACUGGAUUACAAGUGCUCUAUCUUUAUUUGUAUAAUUUCCUGGCAGUAGCUUGUGUGUUUGAAAAUCUGUUGUCACUUUUUUAAAAAUUCCAAAAUAUGAUUUUUUGACAUGGGUAAAGACUUGAUAUUCUUAUAUCUUUGCAGUAGAAUCAUAUUUUCUGAAGAAGUUCCUCUUGUGAGUACAUUUUUGUUAUAACAAACGUUCUUUCUGUACACUUUAUAACAAUUUCAGACCCUACUGUGUCUUAUGGGGUAUAGUGAGUGGUCUGAAGAGAAAUGGUUAAGAGAAUAUUCCCUGUACAAGGCAUGUAUUAUUAAACAUGAAGCUUAGGGUUAGGUUUCUCAUUUGAAAUUUUCUUGAUAUGCCAAGGUUGCAAUUUGGAGGUUAAUUUAGGGGAAAAAAUUUCAGGAUGAUUAAGAUGGCUUUAAUUAAAAUAAUUCCCUGUUUUACGUUUUGCGUUGGUAGUAACCCUGGUUUCAACUUUUCUAAGUUUCAGCAAGAUAUUUACAAGUUUUCACUUUGAAGAUACUUAGUUUAUAAUUUGCAAGUGCUUGGAAAAAAUUCCUUAAACGUCCCUUCUGAACAGUUCGUUGAUAUACUAAUGCCAUCACUGAGAUUUAAGUUAGAUAUUAAUAUGAAGAAAAAAUUUUAAAUAUUUUAAAUUUAACUUGUAAUGAGAGUAUAUAAAAGGUAUUAAUACUUAGGGAGGAAAGUAAGCUUUCCUACUUGUAAUAAUUUUGUUAAAUUAACACUUGGAAUACAAGUAAAUUUGAUUUACUAAGAAUAGAAACCAUAGUUUUUCUAUAAUAGUUGAUACUGAACAAUUUUUAUUAAAAAUCAAACAAGCAAUGAAAACUUACCGAAGUAUUUCACAUGGGAUCAAAUGAAAUUACACGGAAUGACUGGUUAUAGGAGAAAUUUGUCAUCCAAUGAUAAAAAGGUAAUACUAAAAUGGUUUGCUGCUAUUCACGAAUAAGUGUGUAUUGAAAAAGAUAACUAAUUGAAAUACUAGAUUUUUCAUGAUUUUUAUAAUGAGCCUGCUUAUGUGGAAUUAAUCAGUUGCUAUGUAAAUAUCAAAUAGUGUACACCAUUUGAUGGUGUAACAAUCCAUAUGUUUUGUAAUCCUUAUGCUAAAAAUUACUCUUUAUGAUAAUUAUAAUAUCCCCACAGAAAACAGUGAAAAUAUUCUUGAUGAUGAUGGGCCUGGGCAUUAAGUUUCUCAUACUCAGUCUUCUUUGCCAAAUGGGAUGUAAGGAAAUCUUUUACCAAAUACAAAUUUAUUUUCAAAAGAUGCUACUAGUGGUGGCCCCAAAAAUGAAACAUUGAGAAAAAGAGCAUUUGAAUUGAGUAAUCUGAAUGUGAAGAGGUAAUAGGUAUUAAUCAAGUAUUUAUUGGGAGUUCCUGUAGUGGCUCAGUGGUUAAUGAACCCAGCUAGUAACCAUGAGGUUGCGGGUUCAAUCCCUGGCCUCACUCAGUGGGUUAAGGAUCCGGCGUUGCCGUGAGCAGUGGUGUAGGUCGCAGACAGGGCUCGGAUCCCACGUUGCUGUGGCUGUGGUGUAGGCCAGCAGCUGUAGCUCCGCUUGGAUCCCUAGCCUGAGAACCUCCAUAUGCCUCAGGUGCAGCUCUAAAAAGACAAAAGACAAAAAAAAAAAAAAAAGUAUCGAUCGUGUUCUAUGUGCCAGGUACUAUGCUAGGUGAAGGGUUAACAAUGAUACGCAACAAACGCCACAGAUGCAGCCUAAUGAGCCACUAUUUUUUUGAGAGACAGUUAUUGUAACAAGUCUUAAAGCGCUUGUAACAAAUGGAGAAGGAGAGGUCUGUGGUGGCAAGACAGUGAAUAACAGGGGAAUUAGAUGAGGCAAUAAUGCUUAAGCUGAAAUUUUAGGGAUAAGCAAAAGUUAACUAGACAGAGAAGAGAGGGAGACUAUUACAGACAGGGAAUAGCAAGUGAGUAGAAGGAAACGAAAACUCAUUUGGCUGAAGUUUGAUAGUUUAGGUAAUCAAACAGGUAUAUGGUACCACACCAUACCUGACAUUCUAAGCCAUGUUCUCUUUUUCAAAGCUUUUGAUUAUAAAUAUGGUAUCUUUCCUGUCAUGGUGCAGCGGAAACAUCUGAUUGGGAACCAUGAGGUUGCGAGUUCGAUCCCUGGCCUUGCUCAGUGGGUUAAGGACCUGAUGUUGCUCUGAGCUGUGGUGUAGGUCACAGACGCGGCUUGGACCUAGCGUUGCUGUGGCCUUGGUGAAAGAUGGCACCUUGUAGCUACAGUUUGACCCCUAGUCUGGGAACCUCCACAUGCUGCUUGUGUGGCUCUAAAAAAAAAAGAAAUAUGGUAACUAAAACAUGCUUUUAAUACUAAGACCAUGGGGAGUUCCUGUAGUGGCACAGUGGAAACAGAUCUGACUAGGAACUGUGAGGUUGUGGGUUCGAUCCCUGGCCUUGGUCAGUGGGUCGGGGAUCUGGCGUUGCAGUGAGCUGUGCUGUAGGUCACAGACACAACUUGGAUCCUGCCUUGCUGUGGCUGUGGCGUAGGCUGGCAGCUGUAGCUCUGAUUCUGGCCCUAGCCUGGGAACCUCCAUAUGCUGCAGGUGCAGCCCUAAAAAGGCCCCUCCUGCCAAAAAAAUACUAAGACCAUGGUCUGCAAUUCUGCUUUUGAUAUAUCCCCAAACAGAAAUGCAUGUACAUACCGCAAGAGACAUAGUAACAUGUUUUGUAAUAGCCAAAAAUUGGACAUAGCAUACCCAACAGCGUAAAGUGGGUACAGUUAUCCAGUGGAAUCUUAUGCAAUGAACAUGAAAGAUUAGAGCCACGGUGCAGGAAGGUGACCAUCAUUAAAGUCAGGUUGAUGCUUUUACUCUUUCUUUUUCUUUUUUUUUCUUUCUUUUUUUUUUUUUUUUUUUUUUUUUUUUUUUUUUUUUUGCUUGUUUUGUUUUUAGGGCUGCACCUUCAGCAUAUGGAAGUUCCCAGGCUAGGGGUCAGAUCGAAGCUGCAGCUGCUGGCCUGCACCACAGCUCACAGCAACGCUGGAUCCUUAACCCAUUGAGCAAGGCCAGGGAUUAAACCUGCAUCUUCAUGAAUGCUAGUUGAAUUUGUUACUGCUGAGCCACAGUGGAAACUCCAAAUGCUUACUCUUUAAUGGAAGGGUUGUAUUUGGAAAAGAGUUGUAUUUGGAAAGAGUCAGUGGGUGGUUUUUAAAAAUUCAUUAAGCUGUAUGUUUUAUGUACUUUUCUGUAUGUAUUAUACAGAUUUCAUAACCAUUUGUUCAGCAGAAUUUCCCUGAAUCCUUUAACUAUCCAGCCAUGCUCCAGUUAUAUGUAUUAUGUCAUUGCUUAUUUCAUUUGUAGCAGUACUCUAAGUGUCUAGAUUUUUUUAAAAAAUUCCUCCACUAUAGUGUAAGCUCCACAGGGCCAGGGACAUUUUCUGUAAUGUGAAAUAACAGAGUUGGAAUUCCCUUGUGGCACAGUGGGUUAAGGAUCAAGCAUUGUCACUACAGCAGUCCAGGUCACUGCUGUGGCACGGGUUUGACCUUUGGCCCAGGAACUUUCACAUGCUGUGGAUGUGGCCUAAUAGCGCUGUUGACCUGCAAAAUUAUUUAUGUCUGCAAACCCUAAAUCUGGUGCUCUUUCCAUUAUAAAAUGGAACAGCAGUGUUGCCAGUUAGAUAGCAACAUAGUAGUUGUCUUCUAUCCUAAUCCAUCAUACAGAUAAUUGAAACAUCUUUAUUCCCUUUCCUUUUGAUCUUUUCUAUUCCACUUUUAAAAAUCCACUCUUAGUUUUAGGCUUACAAGUGCUAUACAUCAAUGUUAAAUUAAGGUUCAAAAGACUGUUGGGAGGAUUAGAGUUAUUUAAUGUAAAGCAUGUAGAAUUGUCCUAGUAAUCAGUAAAUAUUAGCUAUUAAACUGAAGUCAUUUAGAGCAAUGAAACAAGAGGGUUUCCAGAAAUAUUUAUAUAUAGGAAGUUAGUAUGUGAUAAACGUAGCAUGCCAAAUUUGUAUAAAAAGAUAAAUUAUUAAAUAAGUGGAGAUAAAUGCAUCAGAUAGGAAUGUAUUUGUUUGCAAGAAACAACCCGAUGAUCAAUGGCUUCAGUAAAUAGGUUUUCUCACAUAGGUAAUCCAAGGGUAUGUAAUCCAGGGUUAAUAUGGCAGCUUAAUGUCAUUAAUGACUCAAAUUCCUUUAUCUUUUUAUUCUGUUUUUGGUGGGUCGCUUUCAUCCUUAUCUGAAGAUAGCUGCUUCCACCUCCUGCUAUUACAUGUAGAUUCCAGAAAGAAAGGUGAAGGUUAAGAGGCCAAAUGGACCAUGUCAGUCAAAAUUGCUUUUAUUUAAAAAUCUGUCUGGAAGCCACAUUCAGUGACUUGCCCUAUAUCAGGACAGAACUGAAUCACUUGGCCAUCCCUUGCUGCAAGAGAGUCUGGGAAAGUAUUUUAAUUGGGCACAUUACUGCCCUAAACAAAUUCACAAUUUGUUAGUGAGGGGAAUGGAUGCCAGGUAGGUAACUAGUAGUGUCUGACAAAAACAUUAUUAGCCACUUAGAAAAAUACAAGUCUGGCUCUGUACCUUAUUUCUUAAACCAAAGUAAGUUACAGAUACAUCAAAUAUUUUGAAAACAAAGGGAGAAAAAAAAAACAGGAGUUAAUUUUUCAUAUACUCUUUGAAAAGGUAAGACUCUCAAAGCAUGACAAAAUACAAAAGCCAAAAUGGAAGAGAUUAAGAACUUGAAUACAUAUAAUUUAAAACAGUUCUACAGGAAAAGAUAAACUGUAAGUCGGGGGGGAGGGAACAUUUGUAAGACUUCUGUAGACAAAAGGCUAAUUUCCUUAAUAUAAAAAGAACAUUUACAAAUUAGUAAUUUGAAAUGGGUAAAGGAUAUACAUGGGCGAUCAUAGUAUAUAAUAGUAAAAGUAUUUAUAAAUCAACAAUUUUAAAUGGGCAAGAGAUAUAAAUGAGCAACUUCAGAGGGGAGAAAUGAUAAGGACCAACAAAUACAUGUACAGGUACACAAAUUCAUUCAUGGUUAAAUGCAGUUUAGACGACAGCAACAUUGACUUGUUAGUUUGUCAGAACUUGAUAAAAGGUUGAUGAUAUCCAGUGUUAAUUGGUUGGGGUUAUGAGCAGAUUUGAUAUUUAGUUGAUAGACUCCAGCUUUGCUCUCUCAGUUAAAGUACUGAAAUUCUCCUGUACCAGUGGUAAGUAGUAGUACUAUAACUGCAAUAGCACCAAAAUUAAUAAAAUUUUAAAAUUCCAGUGUAAGUUCACUACUUCAUCUGUGACUGCCAUUGAUAAUGGACCUUCUGUGGUAAUGACAUCUGAGAAACAUUGGGAACAUCUCUUGGCCUUUGUCAUGGUAAAUAAUGUAGCUGCCUCAUGCCUUAUCUAUGAAUCAUUCCAUGUUUUAACAGUUGCUACUGCUUUCUGUAUAGUUUAAUUUUUUAUUUGGUUUUACUAUUUUAGUGCAUUGUAAUUCUUAGGUGAAAAGUAAAUACAGUGUUUAAUUUUUUAAAAUAGAAAAAUUUGUAACAAAAUAAUAACAAACAUCUUAAAAUUAUUUGACAUUAUCUGCUGUCAAUGCAUACCAUAUGACCCAGCAAUUCCAUAUGUUCACCAACACACAAGUCACCACUGUGCAGUGGAACUUGCUGCAGUGAUGCGAAUACCCUGUUCUGUGCUAUCCAUGAAGUAGCUGCUAGCCACAUGGCUACUGGGCACUUGAAAUGUGGUUAAUGCAGCUAAGGAAUCGAUUUUUCAGUUUAAUUUUAUUUAAAAUUAAAGACCUACACGUGGCUAGUAGCUACCGUAUUGGUUAGAGCACUGAGUAUUUAUAGCAACACCACUGAUAAUAUCCAAACCUGGUAAUAAUCCAAAUAGACAAAUUAUGGUAUUGCUACACAAUAGAAUACAAUAAGAUUGAAAGAUGUAUAACUGCAUGUAAAGUUACGGAUGAUCUCAAAAACUUAAUGUUGAGCAAAAGAACCCAGACACAAAAAACCACAUACUUUAUGGUUCUAUUUAUGUAAAGCACAAAACCAGGAUGUUGAUUACUCUUGAGUGGGAAGCAAAUAACUGAAAGAUAUGGGGGUUGGGGCUUCUGGGAUGCUGGUAUGUUCUGUUUCUCAACCUGGGUGCCAAUCACAUGGAUGUGUUCAGUUUGUGAGUUUAUCAAGCAAUACACUUGUAACAUGUACACUUUUCUAUAAAGAUACUGUGUUUGAAUUGAAAGUUGUAAAUUGGAGAGAGAAAAAAACAUCCAGAAUGAGUGCUAACAAAGUGCUGCUUCUUAACAUUCCUCUUAAAUGCUGUAAAUGUUAAUAUUCUAAAACUGUGGAAGAACAUAAUAAUGAACUAUAGAUUGGAACAUUUCUCAAAAUGUCCUGAAAUGCCCUUUGAUACCAUGCCAGAAUUAAUAUAAAAUAAAACAAGUGAUUUUC